AUGACUCAGCCCCAGCUGAGGAAGCUGGAGUAUUGGAGGUGUGCAUUUGAUGAGUUAGAUACGGUGAAAUGGAGCCCCUACCAAGAUUGUGAGAAGUGGGAGGAUGAUGUAGACGUGAUGCCAUAUGUGUUCAUGGUGCAGUUCCUCAUUGGAUGGACAAUGUAUGUGGCAGAGAGACAUUUGGCAGGGCGGAGCAUCAGGACAAGGGAGGAGGAGAUUAGACAAGGGGGCGAAGAUGGUGGAGGAGGUGGAGGAGGCGGAGGGAGAGGUUUUGGAGGAAGAGGUGGAGUAGGGCGGUUACAGAGGAGAGGCAAAGGCGGGCAGCCCUUACGACUGUCACAAGGUUUGUUCAGACAGGGAGCAGCGAGAGCAGGAGGGAGAGAUGACAGUGGUGGAGAGGGUGGUGAUGUGGCUAUGGAGAUGGGACAUGAAGCCAUAGGUGGGGGAGAGGGGAACCUAUGA